AUGUCACAAGAAGAUUAUUCUAUAGACUUGGUUUUAGAGAGUAUUGAGACUAUAAUGGCUUCAGAAAGACAGCCAAAAGUGUUAUUAUUUGAUAUUGGGGGCGUUCUCUCACCCAUGCAAGCAAUUCUCGACUUUGAGAUAUCCAACAACAUACCCCCAGGAUGGAUCAACCACUCCAUCUCCCAAAACAAACCCAAUGGAUUCUGGCACCGUCUCGAACGCGGCGAAUUAGAACUAAACCCCUCCUGGUUCUCAGGAUUCACCUCCGACCUUCACAAUCCCACAUUCUGGGCCUCCUUUUACAAUUCCGUGCGAGAAAAACACUCACUCCCCUCUGAAAUCCCACCCGUACCUCAGAUUGACGGAGAGGCUCUUUUUUGGUCUAUGAUGGAUAAUUCUCGAGAGCUUGAUCCUUGGAUGUACCCCUGCCUCCAAAAACUGCAAGAAUUCCAAAAAUCCAUCCUAGCCGGUCUCUCCAACACCGUGAUAUUCCCCCCCAAUCAUCCAUACUCAAAACCAGCACCCUUCAUCUCCGAAAUCUUCGAUGUUUUCAUCUCCUCCGCACACGUCCACAUCCGCAAACCCUCUCCGGAGAUAUACGCCCUAACCCUGCGCACUCUUCGCGACAAAUUUCCCUCUUCUCCUCCCCUGCUCCCCUCCGACAUCCUCUUUCUAGACGAUAUUGGCGAAAAUUUGAAAGCUGCUAAAGCAUGCGGUUUCCGCACGUUGAAGGUGGAAUUAGGACGUGCGUAUGAGGCUGUUGAGGAACUAGAGAGUAUUACCGGGUUAGAGCUGGCGGGAGGACACCCGAAAGUACCGAUUGUGCUAGGCAUUGAGGGGAAGGGAAGGAGGGACGUUAAAUUGUAG